AUGAAUAAAAAUAAAUAAUAGGCCUUGCCAAUCACAACUAUUAAUUUAAAGAAUAUAGAUUUCUAAGCAAAAUUAGAUUAUAUAUAACAACAAUUGAAAAACAAAGAAACUUAAGCAUAAUGGAAAUAAUAUUAAAAAGAUGUGAUUGAGAAAGAGGUAACAAUGCUUAAUUAAGAAUUAGAAAUAUAAUAAAAAUUAUAAGAAUUGAAAUUAGUUUAAGCAAACUAUCCAUUUACAAAUAUGGACAACGAAAAUGAAUAAAAAAAAAUACAAGGAUAUUUAUUUGAUGGAAUUUUGUGCUCAAUUGCUGAUUUAACUUUAAAUAAUUGUGUUAUAGAUAAUGCUUAGGAGGGAAAAAUUGCAGAUGAAUAAUAAAAAAAGAAGAAAGGAAGAAAACCUGGUAAGCCUGGAAAACCUGGGAAAAUUGGAAAACAAAAAGAAUCUUCACAAAAGGUUGAUAAGGAAUAAGAUAAAUAAAAAGAGGAGAAAAAUAAAAAAAAACAAAAAGGAAGACCAAAAUCCAAAAACAAUAAUGUCACCUAAAAAGUACCAAGUGCUUAAAAAGCCUAAUCUAAAUAAUAAAAACUAAAACCUGGAAGAAAACCAACAAAAUAGAAAGCUGUAGAAGUGGUUAAUAAAGGCAAGUAAAAAGGGCAAAGUAAGAAAGUUUAGAUUAAGAAAAAGAUUUCAAAAAAGUUGAAUAAAAAGAAAUGA